AUGCCUUCUCGCAACCAUGCCCUCUCCGCCCUCGCCGCGGUCUGCAUCACGUCUGUGAACGCUGCGAUGGGUCCGGCCUUCAGCACCGGCCCCGUCGCAACCAACUCGUUCAUCCGUGAGGCAACCUCGACUCUUGUUCUGCCCAAAGCUCCUAGCGGAUCUUCCGGAGAUGCCUCCCUCUGGGUUGGGAUGGGCACCUCCAACGGGGACUUGAUCCAGUCUAUCGCCGAUAACUGGCAAUCCGAUGAAUGGAGUAUCUUUGCCUACACGCUUCUGAGCACUGGAGCCAACUCCCAAAUGCCGGUACAGGGGGAGUCCUCCCCGGCGCAACCUGGUGACCAUGUUACUAUGCAUUAUAAAUUCGAUGAUUCCACUGGCAACUACACCCAGACCGUUCUAGUGAACAACAAAACUGUCUCCACGCUUUCUACCAGUGAUGGACACGCCCAGGGCUGGGGAAGUGCCGUAGAGUGUGCGGAGAACAACUGCGGUACCGUUGGUGCUCACUCGUGGAUCGACACCAAGAUCAUCCUGGAUGUCGCGGACCCUAACUACAUCAACACCUUGGGUAAGGGCGAGGGGGUCACUGGGGAUAUGACGACCAGUGAUGGUGGCAAGACCUGGACGGUCAGUACCAUUAACAUCCCCGAGUUCACCUUCGGGAACUGA